CCGAACCAGGAAGCGGCCACAUCAUAACUCCCACAUCAUCGCAUAGAAACAGUAGGCGACUAUGGAAUAGUACAUUUACGCUUAUCCGUUCGGACAGCUGUGUAACUUUUGUCUGAACAGCCAGAUGCUAUGGCACAGUUUGAGGCAACGUACCAGAAGUCGGCCCAGUACCCUAAACCUGCAGGACUAGUUCUUCAGUACGGCACUGCUGGGUUCCGUACCAACGCCAAGCAGCUGCCCCAUGUGAUGUUCCGUAUGGGCUUGCUGGCCGUUCUCCGAUCCCUUCGAACUCGGGCCACAAUAGGAGUGAUGGUUACCGCCUCACACAACCCAGAGGAGGAUAACGGGGUGAAACUGAUUGACCCCAUGGGGGAGAUGCUGGAGUUGGCAUGGGAAGGCUACGCUACACAGCUGGCCAAUGCUGAGCAGGAUGGCCUAGUGACCGCACUCAGGGAUAUCAUCGAGAGGGAGGCCAUCAACAUGGACCACAGUGCCAGUGUGUUUGUCGGCAGAGACACCAGGCCCAGUAGCCAGAGCCUGUCACAGGCAGUCCAAGAUGGAGUAUCUGCCCUAGGUGGACACUGUCAAGAUUUUGGUCUGGUGAUCACACCUCAGCUGCACUACCUUGUGUGCUGUCAGAACACCCAGGGUCGCUAUGGUGACAUCAGUGUGGAGGGUUACUACAAGAAACUCUCAGAGGCGUUCAUCAAGAUCACCAAGAAUGCACCUCCGCGUCAGCCGCUGCGUGUGGAUGGAGCCAAUGGGAUCGGUGCAUUGCAGCUGAAGGCUCUGGAGCCAUACCUGCAGGGUCAGCUGACCGUCCUGCUCACCAACGACGGCUCGACGGGGAAGCUAAACCACCUUUGUGGCGCGGAUUAUGUCAAAGUCCAACAGGGCGCACCACAAGGUAUGGAGAUGGGACUUGGGGAGCGCUGUUGCUCCUUCGACGGUGAUGGCGACAGGAUCGUUUAUUACUACAAUGAUGAUAAAGGUCGUUUUCACCUGCUGGAUGGAGACAAGAUUGCCACACUUAUCAGCACUUUUAUCAAAGAGCUGCUUACUAAGGCUGGACUGGACCUGCAGUUGGGAGUGGUCCAGACGGCGUAUGCUAACGGGAGCUCCACGCAUUACCUCCAGGACAACAUGAAGGUGAUUGUGCGCUGUGUGAAGACGGGGGUGAAGCACCUCCACCAUGUGGCGCUAGAGUUUAACGUGGGUGUGUACUUCGAGGCCAAUGGCCACGGCACGGUUCUGUUCAGUAAAGCAGCAGAGGAGAAGAUCCACCAGCUGGCUAAAGAUGCCAGCGCUGCAGAGGAGAGGAGGAGCGCAGCCGCACAGUUGGAGAGCACCAUCAACCUCAUCAACCAGACAGUGGGAGAUGCGAUCUCGGAUAUGCUGUUGAUUGAGGCCGUGCUGGCAGUGAAAGGACUAACUGUUCAGCAGUGGGAUGCAAUUUACACAGAACUGCCCAACAGACAACUCAAAGUCAAGGUGGCAGACAGGCGUGUGAUUAACACAACAGAUGCUGAGAGAAAGACCACCAGCCCUGCAGGCCUACAGGAAGCUAUCGAUGAACUAAACAGGAAGUACCGUCUCGCGCGAUCAUUCGUGCGCCCGUCAGGGACUGAGGAUGUAGUGAGAGUGUACGCAGAGGCAGAGACACGGGAGACUGCUGAUGCUCUUGCACAUGAAGUCAGUCUUGCUGUGUACCGUCUGGCUGGAGGAGUGGGAGAGGAGCCUAAGCCUCUAAACUAACCACACGCACGCACACCCACGCACACACAGAC